AAUCUUUUAACAAUUACUCAGAGGCCUUAAGGUGUUGCGUUGGAUUGGUUGAUUUUCCUUUCAACCUUUCGCCUUCCUUUUAGCGAAGCCGUGACUCUGGUGGGAGGGCUCAUUCUAGCCUGGAGACUUGUCCGGACGCCAAUCCCCCGGGCACAUAGCCAGAUCAUUCACAAUGGCAUCACCACUGAAGAGCCUGGUUAAUGAUGACAGCAGAUACCAGACAGCCUUCAAACUUUUUUUGGAGCGCUCCUCUGAACACCAGUGUAUGCAGGACUUCAUCCACAAGAAGCUGCCAGACAUACUGGCCAGCAUUGGAGAUGGAAAGCCCCAUCUGAAUGUCAUUGGAGUUGGAAGCGGAGCUGGUGAGAUUGACCUAGAGAUGCUCUCUGAGCUCCGUCAGAAGCACCCAGGGGUGACGGUGGAUAAUGAAGUGGUGGAGCCGAGUAGCCAGCAGCUGCAUAACUACAAAGUUUUAGUGUCACAGAAAAAAGCAGACUUGGAUUACAUCAAAUUUACCUGGAACAAGAUGACGGCCUCUGAGUUUGAGGAGCAAUGGAAGUUGAAACAGACGACAAAGAAGGCAGACUUCAUUCACAUGAUACAGAUGUUGUACUAUGUGAAGGAUCCUGGCGCCACCAUCAACUUCUUCCACAGUCUCCUUAAUAAGAACGGGAAGCUUCUCAUCAUUCUGGUGUCUGAGGAGAGCGGUUGGGGGAAGCUGUGGCGGACCUACAGGAGCCAGCUCUGUAACACUGAAAUAAGUCAGUGUGUGACCACUGGUGACAUCAAAAGCCUCCUGGACUCGAGGGGAGUGAGCUAUCAGAGCUAUGAACUGCCCUCUCAGAUGGACAUCACCGAGUGUUUCACUGAAGGAGAUGAGAAGGGAGAGCUGCUGCUUGAUUUUCUCACCGAGGUGCUGGACUUCAGUAAAACGGCUCCACCAGAGUUGAAAGCGGGUGUGUUGGAGUUGCUCCGGCACCCAGAUUGUAGUGUGGAGUCCAAGGGCAAAGUUAUUUUUAACAACAACCUGGGAGUAAUCGUCAUUGAUCAGCUGCCUUAAAAACAGUCUCUUAUCACUGCUGCCAAAUUAUUAGUAGAGUUAUAGGAGUAGAUCAAUUAAGAUAAGGUAGAUUAAAUAUUACAUUUUCAAAAAAGGAGAGUAACUGUAGCUUAACUUCCUUACAGUUUUUACUCUGUUCGUAUGAACCUGAUGUCCGUUGAUUAUUACUGAUUAUUUUCUAUUAAUUUAUUGUUUGAUAUUGUGAAUAUUUUUGCAACAUGAACAGGUCAACUGGAUGCUUUAUUCAAUUGUUAUUAUCAACUUGGGGUCUUGAUAAUAACCAGAGUUUGGUUUCAGAUUUGACCAUAUUAUGUGACCACUUAAGCUUCAGAUCUAAUAAAUAUUGACAAUUGGAGAAUACACUUUCCAUGAGAAUUGAGCUCUUUUUCUUUUGGGCGAGGAAU